CAUUAUUCAACUGGGGAGGGAGGUGUCCAGCUGGUUUUAGCUAUGCUGGAUCCAAAACAGAACAUUAAACAAUUGGCAUUCAGGAAGAACAGGGACUUCAUCUUGCUUUCCACUCUCCUAGACAACAAAUCCAGGAGCAGAACCAAGGCUGUGCUUCUUACCUUUGAGAUGCUGAUGAUGGACCCUGUGGAACCGGCUCGGGUUGCCCCUUGGCAGUGCUGGGAUGCUGGAGAAGCUGUUCCCCAUGGCAUCAAAAGGCAACCAAUAGCUGGAAGCAGAGAGAGUUGUGGAGAGCUUGGAAGGGGUUUGGAGCCAUUUUUGGAGGAGGCAGGAUGUUGCGGAAGGACCGUGGAAGGAGUUUGGAGCCAUUUUUGGACACGGCAGCUCAUUGCAGAGGCAGUGUGAAAGGGUUUUGGAGUAUUUUAGAGGCAUAUCUGAGGAGUUGGAGAGGCGAUCCAAUAGGAGAACAUGGGUGACUGCUUCACUAUUCACUGACUGGAUCAGCAAUUGCUUUAUACACCAGACUGAAAGAUAUCCGGCAUCAAAGAACCUUGCAUUUAGAGUUCUACUGCUUCUGGAUAAUGCCCCUGGCCAUCCAAAAUCCUGCAGUUUGUCCACCCUAAGGCAGAAGUUGCCUUCUUACUGACAAAUACCGCUUCCUUAAUUCAGCAAAUGGACCAAGGUCUCAUAGCUACAAUCAAGUCUCAGUACAAAACACUCAAAACACAUUCAAGAGGAUUCUGGACCUGAAGGAAAGUGACCCCCCUUUGGCCAUUACUGAUUGCUAGAAGAGUUACAGCACAGCUGACUAAAUAGAGAACAAAAAGACAUCCCUUGACAAGAUCCAACCAAGAAUCUGGAAUGCACGUUGGAGAAAAUUAUGACCUGAGAUGGUCACGUCUUCAUUUACCAAGGCUGUUUCCUCAGUGGAUAAAUAAAAAGGACUGUGAAUCUUCCACAUAACAUUGGUGGUGUGAAGGUUUUGAUGAUAACCAGGCAAACGAGGUGGAAGAACUCCUUCAAUCACAUCAAGAUGAGUUAACAAAGGAGGAUUUGGAAGAACUCAUAUAGUCAACUGCUGAAAGUGAUGAUGAACAGGAAAAAGAGGAGGAUGUGGUGGUACUUAAGCCACUAACUGUUAAAGUUCUUGCAGAGGUAAUGCAGAUGGGAGCUGCCUUGGCUGACAAGAUAUUUGAAAUCUAUCCGUUCAUGGAAGGCAGCAUUACGUUUAAAAGGCAACUAGAGACUGCAUUGGAAACAUAUAAAGAAACCUACCGGGAUCUUCAAAGCAAAGCAAAGCAAAGCAAAGCAAAGCAACCCAGCGUCAUCAGCUUCUUUUAAAAGGUUGGCGUCAUCACUACUAAAGAUCCAGCAUCUGAAAGUGACACCUCAACUUUGAUGAUAGUGACAAUGAUAAUGAUUCUGUCAACAGCACUGUCUGCAGUGAAGAUGCAGUCAGACAUGGACCAUCUGCCUCUUCAGGGCCUUUCAAGGAAUCUAACCCCAGCAUUCAGGAAGCAUUCCAUGUGGGGGAAGAAGACCGCGCUCCUUUCGCUGUUCCAGGCACAGUCCCAACACUGGGGAGUAAAUACUGCAUCAUACCUGCAGGCUGCAGCUGCUUGGCAUACAAAAGAGUUCUAUGACUGAAGAAAAAUAAAGGGAGGGAAAGGAAUAUAAUACCAGGAGGGCUCUAUUCAUCCUCUUUUAAAAGCAGGACAACUAGGCUCUAGGUCUCAUCCUGAUCCAACAGCACGUGGAGAAGAAACACAGCAGGAACUAUUAUGCCAAUGAGGAUUGAAUGAGAAGGAUUAUGGAUAUGAAGCCAAGAAUGGCACAACAAAGGCAACGAUGUUAAUGUAAGUGGGACACAGGACAACUGAAAAGGCCAUCUGUGCAAAAUUGACUGCUUUACUGUUUGCUCUUUCUGGCUAUUGUCUCCCUGACUUUGAACUAAGAAGACCUAAUAGAGCUUGCCUAAACAGAGUGCCAAAGAGAGCUGCCAACACUAGACCAGCAAGCACUGCAUCCCUCUGAAACCAAAAAUCCUUCAGAGAAAAGUCUCUCAGUCAACAUAGCACCAUGGAUCGAUUCCGGAUGAUCUUCCAAUACUUCCAGUCUAAUUCGGAAUCGGUGAUGAAUGGAAUCUGUGGACUGCUAGCACUAGCUAGUGUAAAGAUUUACACCUCCUUUGACUUCAACUGCCCCUGCCAUCCUAAGUAUAACAUGGCAUAUGGCAUGGGAAUCAUGUUUAUCCCUCCAGUGAUCCUUUUGCUCUGUGGUCUCAUUGUCAACAGGCAGUCUGUGGUGGUUCUUGAGGAAUGGAAAAGACCUACUGGGAACAGGAAGAAGAAUCUGGCCAUUAUCAGGUACAUGUGUACCUCCAUCCUCCAACGGGCUAUGAUUGCACCAGUUGUUUGGAUUUUAGUCACCCUCCUCGAUGGGAAAUGUUUUAUCUGUGCCUUCAGCAAUUCCAUCGACCCAGAUAAGUUUUCAGGUUUUGCCAACAUCACGCCUUCCCAAGUGCAGCUCUUGCUCUCCAAGAUUCCUUGCAAGGAUGAUGAACUCAUGAGAAACAACACAUCCCGCAAGGCAGUGUCCAGGUACAUCAGAUGCUGGUCACAGGCAAUCGGCUGGAGUAUCCUACUGACCCUUAUAGUGAUAGCCUUUCUUGCCCGCUCGCUCAGACCCUGCUUCAAUCAGGCUGCCUUCUUACAGACUCGCUACUGGAGCAAUUACAUUGAUAUCGAGCAAAAGAUAUUUGAUGAAACUUGCUGUGAGCACGCUCGAGACUUUGCACAUAAAUGCAUCCUCCAUUUCUUUGAGAGCAUGCAGAAAGAAAUCAAACUACAGCGGUUCAAUGCCCACAAAGAAAAGGAGGACGAAGAAGAAGAAAGGGAGAAUGAUCAUUUGCGGGGUAUCACAAACCAGGAGCAGAUGAACAAAAUUCUCCAGACAUGGUACUACAGCAAACCACGACUGGAUUUGAGCCAAGCAACACAGCAGCAACCUCUGGGCUUAGAAGGAACGACUAUGCCAGAGAGCAUGAGUCACCGGUGGCAUCCACGGCCAGGGACUAUAGCUACCAGGCAAACAGUUGUUUAAAAAGAACCUGAAAGCAUCAAGAGGGUCUCUUUCAUAGUUAGGCAAGCUCUAUAUAACAUCCUCCAGCUCUGUCAACUGGCCAGAAAAAUAAAACAAUGGACUGGACUACUCAUGUGCCUUUAACAAUAACUUGAUGCAGGAAUCAGCAGGUAACAUUUUGCAGGCUGUGGCACUAACCAUUAAGCCCCUUACAGAUGUUAUUCAAUGAACAUGAAUAACCAUGAGCCAUUUUUGGAAGGGUGGUAUAUAAAUCAAUCAAUCAAGCAAACAAACAAACAAAUGGGGGGGGAUGCAGUAUUGCAGAGGCAAGCUCUGCCCUCAUUCUACUGCAUCUAGAACAUCUGCAGAGAGCUCCUGUGCAUUUAUUUGUAUGCUGAGAAGAUUCUCUUUCCACAUGACCAGGGGUGGAACCUUACCAGCAUUGUGCCAUACAAUAAACAUACACCCUAUGCCAGGGAUUCUCGAACUUGAGUCCCCAGAUAUUGUUGGACUACAAGUCCCAUCAUCCCCACCUCCCAAUGGCCUGGCCAUUUCAGUGGGGAUGCUGGGAGUUGUAGUCUAACAUCAUCUGGGGACUCAAGUUUGAGAACCCCGAUGCACAUUCAUUGAAUGCAUGUAAGGAUGUCUGGGUUUUUUUAAUUGAAAGAUUAUUUAAAAUUAUUAUUUUAAAGAUUAUUUAAAAUUUUAAAAUACAUAACUUUCACCUGCUACUGUCUGACAUCAAGAUGUUGUUCGUGUACAAGAAGCAAACCUGCAAACAGGCAGAUCAGCUGGUAGCAUGACACACACUAAAUAGUCAGAAGAAAGGACAAUCUUUCAGCGCCGGUCAUGAUGGCUCUCUCUAUGCUACCUCAUGGUUCAGAGAACCCUAAACACCAACUGUGGGGCAGCAACAGCAGGAGAGGCAUAUGAGGCUUGUGGGUUUCCCAGAGGCAUCUGGUUGACCACUGUGGGAAACAGGAUGCUGGACAGCAUGCUUGGCAUCAAUAGGAUCUAUUUCAUAGUUAGGCAGGGUUCUUCUUAGGUUCUUGAAGAUAACAUUAUUAAUUAACUAUAUUAAAUCAUGAAUCACCUUAAGUAGUGCAGUGGGGAAAUGCCUGACUAACAAAGAGAAGGUUGCUGGUUUGAAUAUCUGCUGGUACUAUAUCGGGCAGCAGUGAUAAAGGAAGAUGCUGAAAGGCAUCAUCUGAUACUGUGUGGGAGGAGACAAUGGUAAACCCCUCCUAUACUCUACCCAAAGAAAACCACAGGGCUUUGUGGGUGCCAGGAGUCUAAAUCGACUUGAUGGUACACUUUACCUUUACCUUUAUAUGAAAUCAUAGUGUAAAAAAUAAUGUUGCAGUUGAAAUCUGAGAUGACACAUGAUCUCAUUGUCUCCCUUCUAGCUUUAAAAAUCAAGUGCCUGUUCAGGCUAGAAAUCAAAAUGAGAGAGCUAGGCAUGUCAACAUAAUAGUAGAAUCACCCUUUCAGCACAUGCAAAUAAAAGUAGUAGAAUCUUGUCCAGGAUACGACAGAAUCGCUAUAGCACACCAGCUCUAUAUAUAAGGAUACUAGGCAUCUGGAGGCAGCAAGUAAAACAGAGAGGGUGUUAAAUUAUAAAGUCAUUUUAUAACACUAAUAGGAAACCUUUUUCUGAUAUCAUAUCAGCCCUACAUUUGAUUAGUAUUUGGCUUGCAGAUACAAAUUCUUGUACCUGUAGCUUUCUGUAACCUAAAUGGCUCUUAUCUGUAUCAUGAGUUAAUAGGAUGAGAUUAAAUCUAAAUAAAUAACUAUUUUAAGUUUUUAAAAAAAA